CCCCAAUCUCUCUCCCUCUAAUUCUCGCUCUGUCCACCUGAACCAGUGGAGAGUCAAAAACGGAGCCAGUACCUCUCUCUCUCUCUCUCUCUCUCUCUCUCUCUCUCUCUCUCAAUUUUAACAUCCUCACCUGAAUCAUCACUCCUUGUAACCUAUACACACACAUCCAUAUCUACAGCUGCUUGAGAAUUUAUAUGAUUUGCAGUUUUUGUUGCAAUCAUUUUAUUUUAUUUGCUGUUGAGAAUUUUAUUUGGGUUUGGAGUUUUGAAAUUGUUCGAUUUUUGACAGAUUUUGAUUUAGAAAGGGAGAGAGAAUGGCAACGUUUGAGCUGUAUCGUAGGUCCACCAUAGGCAUGUGCUUGACCGAAACACUGGACGAGAUGGUUUCGAACGGGACUCUCAGUCCCGAGAUCGCUAUUCAAGUCCUCGUUCAGUUCGAUAAGUCGAUGACUGAAGCUUUGGAAACCCAAGUUAAGAACAAGGUGUCCAUUAAGGGUCAUCUGCACACCUACAGAUUCUGCGACAACGUUUGGACCUUCAUCUUAACAGAUGCAGUGUUUAAGAGCGAGGACAACCAAGAGAACGUCAGUCGAGUUAAGAUUGUGGCAUGCGACUCAAAACUGCUCACACAAUGAGAUUCUUCUCCCCGCAGUAAAAAGAAAGUGCCUAAAGGAUUCAGUUUUUAUAUGGUGUUGCAAAAGGAGAUGGAUAUUUAAAGUGAGAAAAACUGGGGUUUGGUCUAAUCAAGCUGCAAUUUCAGGCAGUUAAAAGAAGAGUGAACACAAUCUGUAGAAACCAUCGAAACCUUUUAACUUUUGUAUUAUACUGGAGAUAUUACUUGAUCAUUUAACAAGCAUAUUGUAUGAUUUUGUGUGAGUAUGUGGUUUCA